UCCCUUCUGUUGUGAUGUCAGUAUAGUGAGACCAUAUACUGAAACGAUUUGGUUUAGUUGGUGGUAUAGGAUUGUGUUAGUUCAAGGUGGAUUAGUUAGUUUUGAUGUUAUAAAUAUGCCUAAGGUAAAGAGGAGCAGGAAACCUCCUCCAGAUGGUUGGGAGUUGAUUGAGCCUACUUUAGAUGAAUUGGAUCAGAAGAUGCGAGAAGCGGAGACCGAACCACAUGAGGGGAGGAGAAAAGUUGAAUCCUUGUGGCCCAUCUUCAGGAUACAUCACCAAAAAACACGUUACAUCUUUGAUCUCUUUUACAAGAGAAAAGCUAUUAGUCGAGAUUUGUACGAGUACUGCAUUAGGGAAGGAUAUGCUGAUAAAAACUUAAUCGCUAAGUGGAAGAAGCAGGGUUAUGAGAACUUGUGCUGUCUCCGCUGCAUCCAGACCCGUGACACCAACUUUGGAACAAACUGUAUCUGCAGAGUUCCCAAAAGCAAGCUGGAGGUUGGAAGAAUUAUUGAAUGUGCACACUGCGGUUGCAGAGGAUGUUCUGGCUAAAGAAAGAAAAACACUUUUUUUUUCUCCAGUCACUGAAUGUCAGAGAAUGAUUAUGGACCAUGCUGCUUUUGAAAACUGGGAGUUGUAUUGGAUUUUUAAUACUAGCUGUGUUUGCGGUGACUCUUUUUUUUUUUUUCUACUGCACUUCCUGGGUUGUGAUUGUACAAGAAUUACUGGUGGGGCCUUAUGUCCUUGCCUUUUCUACUUUGGUUGCCUAAAUUACAUUUCCCUCGUUUGCCUUGAUUAUUUAGUGGACUAGUGUCACCACUGAAUGAAGGUGAAAAGUGACAAUCUUGCAGUCCCAAAGAAGUUGUUCAGAACUCCGAACUGCAGUCAGUGAACAAAACUGGUGAAUUACCCCUACACAAACAAGGCUGAUUUCAGCAGACUUAACUGUAUAGAGUUUGUUUUUUAUCUUGUUUAUAGAAGUAAUGUGUACUAACUGUGUGUAUGAUUUUGUCUAAAAUGUGUUUCUGAUGCAGUUUGUCUUGUUUUAAUGAACAUUUAUAGCAAUUUAUAAAUGGCAAUCAUUAAAGUACAUUGCUGCCUA